CAAUUAGCAAAAAUCCCAUUCUUAAAAAAAAGAAAAAAAUCAUUUUGCGCUUUGAAUGAGUUGGGACUUUGAGUGUCCAGAGCAUCCUUGGCACGCCGCCAAAAAGAAAAAAGCGCAAAGAAAUAACGACAGCUCACCUUUAACUUCAAGCGACGUUAGGAAAAGGAAGCUUUGGACAGCUCCUCAUCGGCAUGGCGAUCACUGCUGCUGCAAGGUUCAAUCAAUCUGCCCAAGCUUUAAAAAGGGAAUUUCAUUUAAUCGGCACUGUGGAAUUCCUUCAUUAAAUUAUUGUUAUUAUUACCAUAAAUAAAUAACCAAAUUUAAGCUUUAUUAAUCUGUUUUAAAGCUCAGUUUUGGUAAAUUGCUGCUUCGCUUCGUCUUUUAGUCUCUGUAUCCGAGUGGAAGCUUUUUAGGGUUAUCACGUGUUCCUUUACGUGGUCUCUGUCUGUACAGAGUAACAAGUGAGGCUGUAUGCAAUUAAAAGUUGCUGCUAAUAAGAAAAAAAAACCGCUCAACUAGUUUCGCUCUUCCUCUAUCAAAGUUCAUUCAGAAAAAAGCAGAAAUGGCAGCUGAGCUCGUCAAUUCUGCUACAAGUGAGAAAUUGCCUGAGAUGGACUGGACAAAAAACAUUGAAAUUUGUGAGUUAGUUGCUCGAGAUCAAAGGCAAGCUAAAGAUGUUAAAGGAAUUAAGAAACGAUUGGGGAGCAAAAACCCAAAUACUCAAUUGUAUGCUGUAUUGCUAUUGGAGAUGUUGAUGAACAAUAUUGGUGAAAAUGUUCAUAAGGAGGUGAUUCAUACAGGAAUUCUAUCUAUUCUUGUGAAAGUAGUGAAGAAAAAGUUGGAUUUGCCUGUACAAGAGAGAAUAUUUCUGCUUUUAGAUGCUACUCAGACAUCCCUUGGUGGUGCUUCUAGAAAGUUCCCUCAAUACUAUUCAGCGUACUAUGAUUUGGUGAGUUCUGGAGUGGAAUUUACUCAAAGGCCUCAUGCUACACUAUCAAAUCCACCAACUUCACUACCAAAUAAGAAUAAUACACUUAAUGGGGAACUUGCCUCCACUAGACAUGAGGCAGUUGCACAGCAAACAGAGACUAAGAUUGUUCCUGAGUCCAGCAUUAUUCAGAAGGCUAGCAAUGCAUUAGAGGUUUUAAAAGAAGUACUCGAUGCAGUUGAUGCCCAAAAUCCUGAGGGUGCAAAGGAUGAGUUUACACUUGACCUUGUGGAACAAUGUUCAUUCCAGAAGCAGGAUGAGAAGGUGGUUUCUCGAGCAAUUGAGUCGAAUGAGAAACUCCAAAAAGUUCUUGUCAGGCAUGAUACUCUUCUCUCCAGGAGAACCUCUGUUUCAAAUAGGCCAAUGUCAACUCUAAAUCAUUUUGACCAUGAAGAAGAGGAAGAAGAAGAGCCAGAACAACUUUUUAGAAGGAUACAAAAGGGGAAAGCAUGUGCAAAACCAGAAGAUGAAGAGUGCUCUAGAGUGCAGCCACACUUACGUUUGUUUGGGUCACACGUUCUUGGAGAAAAAGAAAGGCUAAACCGUCCACUUAUUCGACCAUUGCCAUCGGAACCAUCAUGUGAAAGCAAUGCAAGUCCUUCAGCUGUUGCAAUUCCUCCUCCCCCUGCAAAACAUAUUGAGAGAGAAAGAUACUUUCAGGAGAAAAGGUAGAUGGUUCUGCUGUGGUUGGUCAUAUGAGAGGCAUGCCAUUACACAGUCGUAAUGCUAGCAGUUCUUGCAGCGGGAGCAUGGAUUUUAGUGACUAACUAAAGUCAGGUGUUGGUUGAAAGAAUGACUGAACCUCCCAACAUAUUUUUAAUCAUGUAAAAUGAUCUUACAAUCCGAGCCUUCUUAUUUGGUGUUUAUGUGUGGCUCGUCUUGAAGGGUGGCGGGUUGUUCUCUUCAUUCAGUUGUUGCUUGCAAACAAUCGUGCAAGGUAAAUUUAUCAUGUAAUUGCAUGUUAAUACAAGUGGAACAUGUGUCAUAGUUAUUGUGAGGUAAUAAAAUUUUUAUGCUAUGAUUUAUUAGUUGAGCCAAUUAAAUUAGGGAUGGUAUGUUACAUUUUUUUCUUUUAUAAAUCGAAAAAAGAAGAUUAAAAUUCAACUCUUCAAAUAAAUACUGCACUAAUAUAUAUAUAUUUCGGAUAAGGGGCAAAUUUAUUAUUGUAUCAUAGAUGAAUAUUAAAUGUUAUCACUUUAGUUUGACGUCAUUGAAUGUUUUCAUUGUUCUUUCAUUUUUAUUGAAUUCUGCCAU